CGGGACAUGCGAUCCUGCCCCUCCCCGUGGAAUAAAACGCUGAUCUCAUGCACUGUGCGGCCGGAGCCCUUGGCUCAGCACCGGGGCUCGCACCCAGGCAGGCGCCGGCCAGCGGCCAGGCCACCCCCCGGCUCCCACCAUGACGUCGUACCGGCAGGAGCUGGAGAAGUACCGGGAUAUCGAUGAGGACAAGAUCCUGCAGGAGCUGUCAGCCGAGGAGCUGGAGCAGCUGGACAUGGAGCUGCUGGAGAUGGAUCCCGAGAACGUGCUGCUGCCGGCCGGGCUGCGGCAGCGAGACCAGACCCAGAAGAGCCCCACGGGGCCGCUGGACAGGGAGGCUCUGCUGCAGCACCUCGAGAAGCAGGCGCUGGAGGCCGUCGAGCGCGAGGACCUCGUGCCCUUCACCGGCGAGAAGAAAGGGAAACCGUUUGUGCCCAAGAACCCAAAGCGGGAGAUCCCACGGGAGGAGCAGAUCACGCUGGAGCCCGAGCUGGAGGAGGCACUGGCCAACGCCACCGACGCCGAGAUGUGUGACAUCGCCGCCAUCCUGGGCAUGUACACACUGAUGAGCAACAAACAGUACUACGACGCGAUCUGCAGCGGCAACAUCACCAACACGGAGGGCAUCAACAGUGUGGUGAAGCCUGACACGUACAAACCGGUGCCGGAUGAGCCCCCCAACCCCACCAAUGUGGAGGAGACGCUGCGGCAGAUCCAGGCCAAUGAUGGCACGCUGGAAGACGUCAACCUUAACAACAUCAAGGACAUUCCCAUCUCCACUCUGAAGGCCAUCUGUGAAGCCAUGAAAACCAACACCCACGUCAAGAAGCUCAGCCUGGUUGCCACCCGCAGCAACGACCCCGUGGCCAACGCUGUGGCUGAGAUGCUGAUGGAGAACAAGACCCUGCAGAGCCUCAACAUUGAGUCCAACUUCAUCACCAGCACCGGCAUGAUGAGCAUCAUCAAGGCCAUGUACAACAACACCACCCUCAGCGAGCUCAAGGUGGACAACCAGUGCCAGCGGUUGGGAGACACGGUGGAGAUGGAGAUGGCCACCAUGCUGGAGCAGUGUCCCUCUGUCACCCGCUUUGGCUACCACUUCACGCAGCAAGGCCCCCGCGCCCGCGCCGCCAUCGCCAUCACCAAGAACAACGAAAUCCGUCGCAAGCAGAAGAAAACCUAACACCUCCCUCCCCGGCACGAAUGAGCUCUGCAUCUAGUGUAAAUAAAGAAGACGGAGAAACAUGGCAUUGGGAUCCACCGGGAUGCAUCCCGGGAUAGGAUUUGGGAUCAGGAUCGCAAGGGAG